AUGGACCGAGUCAUCCUCUUGCUGUCGCUGCUGUCAGUAGGCGUGUCCUCUCAGCCAAUCACAGAGAGUCAUCGUCUUUUCUCCAUCGCUAUGCUGCGAGUCCAAAACCUGCACCUGCUGUCCCACGAGCUCCUCUCUGAAUUCGAGCGCUCUCAGACGGAGGAGCAGCGUCAGGUCAACAAAAUGUUUCUGCAGGAUUUCUGCAACUCAGAUUACAUCAUCAGCCCCAUCGACAAACACGAGACACAACUCAUAUCUGUGCUGAACCUGUUGUCCAUCUCGCUCCGGUUGGUGGAGUCCUGGGAGUUUCCCAGUCGUUCCCUUCCGGUAGGAUCCAGAAACCUGAUUUCCCCCAAACUGACGGAGCUGAAGACGGGCAUCCAGCUGCUGAUGAAGGCCAAUCAGGACGCAGCAGAGAUGUUUGCUGACGGCUCUCCACUGCCGCUCGCUCCGACCGGGAACUACUACCAGAGCAGCAGCAUGAGGAGGACGUACGAGCUGCUGUCCUGCUUCAAGAAGGACAUGCACAAGGUGGAGACCUACCUGUCCGUGGUCAAAUGUCGACUCUUUCCAGAGACCAACUGCACCUCGUAGUCCAGCCCACAACACAGAAACCCACCUCUAAAUGUGUAGCCACGCCCACAACACGGAAACCCACAUCUAAAUGCAUAGCCCUGCCCCUCGAUGUGUAGCCCCGCCCAUAACACGAAAACCCACCUCUAAAUGCAUAGCCCUGCCCCUCGAUGUGUAGCCCCGCCCAUAACACGAAAACCCACCUCUAAAUGUGUAGCCUCGCCCCUCAACGUGUAGCCUCGCCUCUCUGCUUAAUAACGAUAUUAUUAUAAUUAGCCUCUGUUCAGUGAUUGGUUGAAGAAGGUCGUGUUUCUGAUGACUAAAUGUGCUUGACAGUUAUACAGGAAGUGCUGAAUGUUUUGAAUAAAGUUUGUGCUGUGUUGCA